AUGGCAUGUUUUGAGCCUGUUGUUGUGGCUUUUGGUUCGAGCAAAACUAUUUCUACACUUAGUUUGCGACUUCCAGUUUCUUUUUCAUUGACUACUAAUGAAGAAUCGCUUGAAGAGCUCAUUACCAUUGACCCACCACUGUCGAGUAAUAAUUUAAAGCGAUAUUUUGUAAUACUUCUCGAACCAAUAAGCAACGAUGUUCUUGAACGUCUACAAAUUAAUCAUCGUGUACAAGCUGUGUAUAGUCGAGACAACUUAACAUGUGAAUCAACGCAUAAAAAAAGGCCGCAAAUUAUGAAUAAACAGUUACAACAGUUUACACUCGAUUUAACAGCAGAUAUCGUGCAAUUUUUUAAAAUUGAGAGUGAAAAACAAACAAAAUUAGAACGAUUACAUUUAGUCAGAGUAUACUAUCGUCAAGCACGAUUGCUAAAAGAAUGGGCUAUGUCGUUUGCUAAAGCGGAACCAUGCCAUAUUUUACUCAUUCCAUUGAAUAGUAGUCGAGAAAAUUUGAUCAAUGCUGAAGAACGACUACAAAAAAUAUGUAACCAAUUAAAUUAUUCUUCUGUAAUAAUUCGGACACUCGAUAAAUAUAUUCCUUCGACGGAUGAACAACGUUCAUGUCUGCUUCCCUAUUCUGAAGCUCUAUUCAAUCAUGAAGAUCCAAAGUAUAUCUGCGAAUUACUUAAACGAUUAUCCCCGUUACGAUUAUAUUUAUACGGCAAUGAAGAAUUCAUCUCAAGUGGAUGGAGCAGUCUGAUGAUAAGUCGUGAAACUCAUGUCAUGGAAGAUGAAGAUAGUUGGUGUGCAUUCAUCGAAAAUGAAUAUAUUGAUGAUGAAAUCAAAUGGAAUAUCGGACCUAAAUUUGGAUGCAACUGGCAAGUUAAACGUAUAGCUCCGGUGAAUUUAACUGGUCUAGAUAAAAAUCUUCGAUUUCAAUCCGCUCUGCGUCGAGCUUCUAAAACAUUAAGCCAUCGCGAAAAUGAAAUAACAGCAGAAAUAUUUGAUUGGUAUGAUAGAUGUAUUCAUGAGGGAUAUUUUUCAUUAGAGCCUGAAACACCGUCAAAAUUAGUUGAUAAAAUCGACCAAAAGAAAAUAUCCGGCAAUAUAGCUCUCUCUAAAUGUUGCAUUCAAAAUCCAUCAUCCUUUAGAUAUCAUCAAAUUUCAAAGCCUAGAGGAAUGUCAUUUAUUUGGCUUGAUGAUAUUUUAAAUUCAGUAGACAGUAGUCUCUAUGAAAUAAUUAAACCAUGCCAGUGGUGCUUCUUCAGAGAUAUAUCAGAAUGUUUCCAAUACAUUGAACAUCAAUUGCGUCAACAAAAUGAAAUCUUUCUAGUUGUGUCAGGCACUCUCGGUUAUGAAUUAUUUCUGGCAUCUUUUGGUUUCAUGUCAGCGAUUCGAUUCGUCUAUGUUUAUUGCUCUCAAAUUGGUAUUCAUGGGAAUUGGACAAAAUUCUAUCAUCAGAUAAAAGGAGUUUUUAACGAUUCUUCGGCAUUAGAAGAAAAAUUAAAACAAAACAUACAAUUAGUACGUCAAUGCGAUGACAAAAAUAGCAACGAUGUUCAAUUGCAACCUAAAAUAACUACUUGUCAUGAAGAAUUUUAUGAUCAAACAUUGUUUUCCAUACCUAUUACGGUCUACAAUCAAGAGCAAGCUGAUAUAUUCAUCGCUCAUCAACGUACCAUAGACACUCUUCUUUGUUUACCACACACAGAUGAAUCGCGCUAUGAAAUGAUUGCAGAAUUUCGCCGCCUAAAUCAAGACAAUGAAGCAGCUCUUGUUUACAUAGAUAUGUUCGAGCAAACUUAUAAUGCUCAUACUGCUAUCCAAUGGUAUUCGCGUGAUUCAUUUCUAUUUCGUAUAAUUAGUAAAGCACUUCGAUCAAGUGAUGCUGAAAUGAUGUUUAAAAUGCGAUAUUUUCUUGUUGACCUUUAUUUACAACUUGACGGCCUAGAAAAACAAGUGCAUACAUUUGAUGUCUCACCUUUCAAAGAAAAACUUUAUCGCGGUCAAUUGAUGUCAAAAACUGAAUUCGACUGUUUUAAAAAACGUACAGGCGAUAUAAUAUCAAUCAAUACAUUUUUAUCUACAACCACAUCAUUACAAAUAGCACUUGCAUUUAUCGCUGUAUCAUCAGACACCGAUGAUUUUGUUCAAGUCUUAUUUUGUAUCGAAACAGAUCCAUCGGUUCAGCAUAAACGACCGUAUGCGAACAUUUCGAAUUAUUCAAUGUUUAGUGAUGAAGAUGAAGUUUUAUUUGCUAUGGGAAGUUUAUUUCGUCUUCAAUAUAUUGAGAAAUUAGACAAAACGAAUAAUAUAACAGUCAUACAUUUGCAAUUAAUUGAUCAGAAAGACAUUGACUACAAUUUUAUAUCUUAA